AUGGGUGAUCCUUUUCUCUGCCUCCUCAAAACUCGCUGCUUCACCUUCUCUUCUUCUUCCUCCUUGCUCCCCUCUCACCGUCCUUUUCUGCCCAACAAGCUCAGACCUCGGUCUCCGCAUAGAUAUCCGACGCCUCGGGCUGAAACGACGACGCUUCCGCAUUCAUCAACAUCGCAAUUCGAUCUCAUUUCCACUACCGAGUGCUUGGACGGCAGCGUCGUCUUCCGAUUCGGCGACGAGAGCGAGAAAGCUGCUUUUGAUGAGGCUAAUAAGAUUCUGUUUGAGGAGAGCAAUGUGGAAGAAUCGGGGGUUGAGGCUUCUCCGGCGAGUUCACCCGAGGAGAAUGCCGUCCUUGAAUUGACCACUGCAGUGUUAGGUGACAACUCCCCUUCCACAGAGUCACAAGAUGUAUCCACAGAGGGUGAAUCACAUAGCAGGGAUGUUUCAGGAGUAUCAGCUCCUAGGAAAUUGGAAUUCCAUACACUUGAACGGUCAGAGGGGUAUCCUUCCACAAUUUCAGGAGAUGAAUUGAUAGAGGGUGACGCACAAAGAAAAUAUGACACGCGAGGAUCAACUCCUAUGCCAGUGGAAUUGCAUACAUCUGAAGGCUCUGAGGGGUAUCCUUCUACAAAAGCAGAAGAUGAAUUAACAGAGGGUAAAGAAGAUAGACCAGAUGUCAUAGGAGCAUCAACUCCUACUCCAGGGGAAUCGCAUGCAUCUGAAGGCUCUGAGGGGUAUCCUUCUACAAAGUCAGAAGAUGAAUUAACAGAGGGUACAGGAGAUAGAACAGAUGUCACAGGAGCAUCAACUCCUACGCCCGUGGAAUUGCCUACAUCUGAAGGAACCAAGGGGUAUCCAUCUACAAAAUCAGAAGAUGAAGUUACAGAGGGUAAAGAAUAUAGAAGAGAUGUCACAGGAGCUUCAACUCCUAUGCCAGUGGAAUUGCAUAAAACUGAAGGCUCUAAGGGGUAUUCUUCUACAAAGUCCGAAGAGGAAUUAACAAGGGACAAAGAAGAUAGAACAGAUGUCACCGGAGCAUCAACUCCUAGGACAGUUAAAGUGCAUACUGUUGAAGGCUCUCAAAGAUAUCCCUCCACGAAGUCAGAGGAUGAAUUCACAGAGGGGAAAGCCCAUCAAAGAGAUGUCUCAGGAGCAUCAACUGAUAGCACAGAGGAUAUACAUACUGUUGAAGCUAUUGAGGAGAAUGCUUCCAUAAUUUCAGCGGAUGAAUUUGCAGAUGAUAAGACACAUAGAAGAGAUGCCUCGGGAGAAUUAGUUCCUAGAAUAGUGGAAUUACAUUCAGUUGAAGGUGGUAAAAGAAAAGGAAUUCCUGUAACAAAAUCAGAAGCUCAAUCCACAAUGGUUGAAGAACAAAGAGAUGCUUCAAUGGCGUCGACCUCUAUAACAGUCGAAUCACAUACAGUUGAAGGUGCUAAAGGAAAAGGAAUUCCUGUAACGAAAUCAGAAGAUCAAUCCACAAUGGGUGAAGAUCAAAGAGAUGCUUCAAGGGCUUCGACCCCUAUAACAGUAGAAUCACAUACAGUUGAAGGUGCUCAGGGGCAUGGUUCCAUAAAGUUAGAAGAUAAAUUUGCAGAGGGUAAACUAGUUAGAAUAGAUGUUUUAGAAGGAGCAACUCCCAGGACAGUGGAAUUGCAUAGAGUUGAACGUGCUGAGGAUACCCCUUCGAAAAAGUCAGAAGAUGAAUUCACAGAGGAUAGAGCACAUAGAAGAAAUGUUUCAGAAGCAUCAACUCCUACAGUUGUUGAGUUGCACAUAGUUGAAGGCACGGAAAGGGAGGACAUCUCUGCACCAUUACUUCUACUAUCGACUGGUGCUGCAUCAUUACCGCAUCCCUCAAAGGCAUUGACAGGUGGGGAGGAUGUUUACUUUGUUGCUUCUGGAAACUGGCUGGGGGUGGCUGAUGGAGUUAGUCAAUGGUCACUGGAAGGGAUUAAUCCUGGGGUAUAUGCCCGUGAACUCAUGGAGAACUGUGUAAGGUUUCUAUCCAAUUGCAAAGGUAUACCACUGACUAAACCAGAAGACAUCCUUGUUAGAGCUGCUGCCCAAACAAAAUCGCCUGGUUCAUCUACAGUAUUAAUUGCUUACUUUGAUGGUCAGGCCUUCCAUGUGGCAAACAUUGGUAAUUCUGGAUUUAUUAUAAUCAGAAACGGUGCCGUUUUUAAGAGAUCGUCUCCAUUGAUUCAUGGCUUCAAUUUCCCGCUACAAAUUGUAAGAGGCGUUGAUCCCUCAGAACUAAUGGAGAGAUACAGUAUAGAUUUGGAUGAGGGAGAUGUUAUUGUCACUGCAACGGAUGGCCUUUUUGACAACUUGUAUGAGCAAGAAAUCACUUCAAUCGUAACAAAGUCAUUCCAAAAGAGAAUGAAACUACAGGACAUAGCUAAGUUUUUGGCCACUAGUGCACAAGAGGUCGGGCAGUCUACUUCUAGAAGAAGCCCCUUCGCAGAUGCAGUCGAGGCAUAUGGAUAUGUGGGAUAUACUGGUGGCAAGCUUGAUGAUGUGACUGUUAUAGUGUCGCAUGUACAUAAGAAAUGCAGCUGUUACUCACUGUAAGUAUAAUCUCUUUACUUCUAUCAUUUGAUGCAAUUCGAAAGUACAAAUUGUGGAAGGGAAUUUCAAUAUGUAUAUAUAAAGUGAAGCUAAGUAAACAACAUCCUGGUUGUCGGAAUAAUGUUAAUGUGAUCAAGCUAAGUAUCUUUAGUAAUGUUAUAAAAGCCUCGCACUUUUGGUUC